GUUUAUUUCUGUUCUUUAUUGUUUUCAAGGACUUUAAUUUCUCUGCUAUUUUUAAUUAAGUUUUUCGUUAAGAAAAUGAGUAUCAAUGAUGAUUUUUAUAGUCAUUUUCCGUCACUUAAUUCAAACUCUAAGGAGAAUCAAAGAUAUAAAAGAAUCUCACAAGAAUAUACCGAAUAUUUGAAAAACAUCAAACCGAUUUCUCCAAAGCCAAUGGAACAGCCUAAGAAAUAUCAAAAUAGUAGGAUAAAAAGAUCUAAGGAACCUGAAUUUGAGGACAGUCUAAGCUCUUCAGGACUCUCAACUCCAUCAAUGGAUGUUAUUUUUUCCGCUGAAGAUCGAAAUAAAUUCGAGAAUGAACAAAGGGAAGAAAGGAGAAAAAAUUACCAGCGAAGCUUAGAAAAGCAAAUCGCGGAACAAAGACUGAAGAAAAAAAGGGAAGCUGAAAGGCAGAAAAGAGAAGAGAUGAUAUUAGAGCAGAGACUGAAGCGACAACUUGAAAGCAUUAAACGUCAAAAGGACUCGCAAUUUGAAAAAGUUGUUGAGAGAAUCUCUAAAUCGGAGAAAGAAAAUGAAUCUGUCAAUAGAAACAAUAGGCAUUCAUUAGACAACAGCUCUCCUGAAAAUAAUGUAUACAAAUAUUUCAGUCAUUCCGCUAGAAUUGACGCUGAUCUCUUUAAUUACAAAAAAUACUUCAAGGAUAUCAUUCAAGAAGGAAAAGAACAGGAACCUUCAAGCACUAAAACAAAUAAAUUAUCUCCUGUAAUUAAUCCAAAUAACGACCUUCCCAAAAAACAUUUUGUGUCCAAAAAGCACGAAAUCGAUUUCUGUCCGAAUUGUACGACGCACGCUGAAUGUCGUCGAUGUCACAAAAAGCUUGACGUAAUUUGCAACAACUGCUUCAGCUAUGAAAGAAGUAAAAUAUCACCGGAAGCCACAAAUCACCCCGAAAUAGAGUACAAUGAGCCAGAAAUACCGUUGGAGAAGAAUCAACAAGUUGUUAUUUAUCGGGCCGACGAGCAGCAUGCGCCUUACUCAUUCAAUAUUGAACCGAAUUCCAAAUUUUACAACAAAAAUUCUGAAAAGGACGUGCAGCCUUUGAAUAAUGUUGAUUUAACUAAUUAUGUUAAACUUUAUGGUAAUUUAAAAAGUAAUAAGAAGGCUAAUGAUAGGAAAUCUCAUGAAAUUUUCUCAAGAUCUCCCAACACAAGUUCGAAAUAUAAUUCAGAAGAAAUGUCCCAAAUUGAUAAAUUCAUAUCAUCGCCUCUUAGCCCAACAAAGUUGGAUGACAUAUUGAAGAUAUUUAUUAUUAACAUCAUGUCGCAGCAUCUAAAACAUUUUACUGAGAAGGAUAUCGAUUCGUUCAGAGAAGCUUUCUACUUAUUUGCAAGAAAUCGUAAAGAAAAUCCAAUUUAUAUUCGAAGUGUCGAUGAACUUUGUCUCAUAACGAGAUCUCUUGGAUUGUCACCGACAGUUAAAGAAAUUACAGCUUACAUGAAAAAGUAUAACAACAAGAUGUCUUUUUCUGAUUUCCUUGAAGUCGUUCAUACACAUUCGAGAGUGGAAAAGCUUCCUGAUGAGAUUCUUGAUGCUUUCAAAGCUUAUGAUACCAAGAAAACAGGAAAAAUUAAUCCGCGAGUUUUACGUUCGAUCCUUGCAAAUUGGGGCGAAAAACUUAGUGAAAGAGAAAUUCAAGCGAUUUUCCGUGAAGCUAACGUCAACAUGAAUAAUGACUUCAAUUACACUGAAUUCCUGAAGAUUGUUUCAGCUCCAGUUCCUGACUAUUAUUGAUUUUUUUAAAGACUUCACUUUACAGCACAAUCACGUACUUACUUAUACUAAAACAAUUUGCCUUAUUUAUUGAGCUGAAUGAGCUCUAUUGAGCUCAACAUUUUUAUUGCAUUCCAUUAGUUUAUCUAAAAACUUCACAUCAUCAUGCCAUUCUAAAGUUGUGAGAAAAUGUAUCAAAUUUCUAGAAAAAAAUUGUGAAAUAUCUUUUAUAUUGAUAUUUAAAGUUAAUAAAGCUUUCUUAUAUGAUCCUUGAAAAAGUUUUAAAACUUCUUCUUUUAGCUGAUGAGGGUUUGAAGAGUUUGAUUGAAAAAGAAAUCACUAAAUUGGUAAAUUGUGAGUAUUUACUACUUGAAAACAUGUUCCUUUAGAUAUUCUUUUGUUUUGAUUGCAAACGCCUUUUCUUGAAGUUUCCCAUUUUCUUGAGCAAUUCAGAAUUUUCAUCAUCGAUUUCCGGAAAUGAAUCCCACAAGCGAAGCUUCUUUGGGAGGUAGUAAAGACCACCGAGUGUAAU